AUGGUUUCGAUGCUGCCGAGCACAUUGCGCACAGUGAGCGUGCGAGCAGCGCGGGGUGCGAUGCGUCCUAGUGUGGCGCUUGCUCGUGCGAUGCCUCGCUCGUUUGCCACGGAGGCCGAGAAGAAGGUGGAGAACCCAACACACACCGCCACGACUGUCGAAGACUUGCAAGGCAUUGAUGCUGCAACGCUGCUGAAGGAGGAAGGCACGCAGAAAGAUGCGAACUUGCGUCACUUUACGGUGAACUUUGGUCCGCAGCACCCAGCCGCUCACGGUGUGCUGCGUCUGAUCAUGGAGCUGAACGGAGAGGAGAUUCUUCGUGUUGAUCCACAUGUCGGUCUGCUGCACCGUGGAACAGAAAAGCUUAUCGAAUACAAGACGUACACACAAGCCCUGCCAUACUUUGACCGACUUGACUACAGCUCUAUGAUGACGAACGAGCUAUGCUUUGCGCGGGCCGUUGAAAAGCUACUGAACAUUGAGGUGCCGGAGCGUGCAAAGUGGAUUCGCACCUUGUACGGUGAGCUGACCCGCAUUUCAAACCACUGUAUGGCUGUUCUUUCGCACAUCAUGGACGUUGGUGGUCUGACACCCUUCGUCUGGGGUUUGGAGGAACGUGAAAAGAUCAUGGAGUUUUAUGAGCGUGUGUCAGGUGCACGUAUGCAUGCGGCGUACGUGCGCCCCGGUGGUGUCACGUACGACCUGCCGCCGGGUCUCCUGGAUGACAUCUACCACUGGGCCACUCAGUUUGCCGGCCGUGUGGACGAGAUUGAAGAACUUGUUACUGGCAAUCGGGUGUGGCGUGAGCGUACGAUCGGCAUUGGAAAGGUAUCUGCGAAGGAUGCGCUGAACUAUGGCUUCAGUGGUGUCAUGUUGCGUGGCAGUGGCAUUCCUUGGGAUAUCCGGAAGGUCGCGCCGUACGAUGCCUACGACCAGGUAGAAUUCGAUGUGCCCGUCGGCAAGAACGGUGACUGCUUUGACCGUUACCUGUGCCGUAUUGAAGAGUUCCGUCAGUCGCUUCGGAUUAUCCACCAGUGCCUGAACAAGAUGCCUGCCGGCCAGAUCAAGGUCGAUGACCACAAGAUUGCGCCACCAUCGCGAUCGAUGAUGAAGGAGAGCAUGGAGAGUCUGAUUCAUCACUUUAAGCUGUUCUCGGAAGGAUUCACCGUGCCACCAGGCGAGACGUACAGUGCCAUUGAGGCCCCUAAGGGAGAGAUGGGCGUGUAUCUUGUAUCGAACGGUACGAACCGUCCUUACCGCUGCUCGAUCUCUGCACCAGGCUUCCGUCAUCUCGCUGGCGCCGACUUUGUUGCGCGUCAUCACUACUUGCCAGAUAUGGUGGCUAUCAUCGGUACAAUGGAUCUCGUGUUUGGUGAGGUCGACAGGUAG